AUGGAGGAGAAAGAGAUUUUGGACACCUUCCGAAAGGUGGAAGUAAACAUUCCUUUACUUGAUGCAAUCAAGCAAAUCCUGAGAUAUGCAAAGUUCUUGAAAGAACUUUGUACCAACAAGAGGAAGUUGAAAGGAAAUAAGAAAAUCUCGAUGAAUGAAAAUGCAUCCGCGGUUUUACAAAGGAAGCUUCCACCCAAGUGUAAAGAUCCCGAAAUGUUCACGGUCCCUUGCAAGAUUGGAGAUGUCACUUUUAGUAGUGUUAUGAUUGAUCUUGGUGCCUCUAUCAAUGCCAUGCCUUAUUCGGUGUAUAAGUCAUUGAAUGUUCGACCCUUAAGUGAAACCGGUGUCAUAAUCUCUCUUGCGGAUAAAUCAAGUGUCUUUCCUAGAGGUGUUUUGGAAGAUGUCCUAGUUCAAGUAAACCAAUUGGUCUUCCCGACGGAUUUCUAUGUGAUUGACCUAGAUGAACAUGUAUCCUCAAAAUCAGAUGUUUUCGAACCAUUAACUCAAGAAUUGUUCGAGUUGUCUAAUGAUGACAUGUUGGAGAUGGUUUUGAGCAAGGGGUUUGAUUGUGAGAAAUUAGCCAAGAAGUUGAAGCUCUACUCGCUAGACCUCGAAAUUGAAAUAUUAGUCAACAAUUUGGAGAUCAAGAAGACCACCCAAUUUAGUGUGAAGCAAAUUGAAUUACCUCAAACUCACACGAGAUUGCCGCCCUCCCUUGUCCAACCGCCGAAAUUAGAAUUGAAGGUCCUUCCUCAACAUUUGAAGUACGCGUACUUGGGAGACAACGAGACUCUUCUGGUUAUCAUUUCAACUCAUCUAACCGAGUGUGAAGAAGAGAAACUCCUCAAAGUGUUGAAGGAACACAAGGAAGCCAUGGGUUGGACGAUUGCGGAUAUCAAGGGAUUGAGCCCCUCCACUUGUAUGCACAAGAUCUUGAUGGAUGAUGAAUGCAAGCCGAGUCGGGAUGCGCAAAGAAGAUUGAACUCGCCAAUGAUGGAAGUUGUGAAGAAAGAGAUAUUAAAGCUUCUUGAUGCGGGGAUGAUCUAUCCAAUCUCGGAUAGCAAGUGGGUGAGCCCGGUGCAAGUCGUUCCAAAGAAGACGGAAAUCACGAUGGUUGAGAACAACAAAGAAAGGUUGGCCGGGAAAUCUCACUAUUGUUGUCACGACGGGUAUUCCGGUUUUCACCAAAUCCCGGUGGCGCCGGAAGACCAAGAAAAGACGACUUUUACAUGUCCAUUUGGCACUUUCACAUACCGUAGAAUGCCAUUUGGAUUGUGUUUCUACCGACGAUUCAUCAAGGACUUUCCCAAGAUAACAAGACCAAUGUGCCAACUCUUGCAAAAAGAUGUUGAUUUCGAGUUCAACGAGGCGUGCAAAGAAGCUUUCGACAAGCUCAAAGAGUUGCUCACAUUCGCACCCAUCAUGCAAGCACCAUAUUGGGAUCUCCCAUUUGAGAUCAUGUGUGAUGCAAGCAACCAUGCGAUAGGCGCCGUUUUGGGUCAAAAGAAUGGACGAGCCUCCUAUGUGAUCUUUUAUGCAUCAAGGACACUAGAAAAUGCUCAAAGCAACUACUCUACCAUAGAGAAGGAGCUAAUGGCCAUAGUGUUCGCCUUGGAGAAAUUUAGACAAUACCUACUUGGUACCAAGGUCAUAGUGUAUUCGGAUCACGCAACACUUAAGUACUUGAUGUCGAAGAAAGGUGCAAAGCCUAGACUCAUCCGGUGGAUUUUAUUGUUACAAGAAUUUGAUUUGGAAAUCCGGGACAAGAACGGAUGCAAGAACCUUGUUGUCAAUUAUCUAAGCUGA